AUGCCUGAGAAACCAUGGACCCACAUUGCAGCUGAUUUUAUGGGUCCAUUACCAUCGGGGCACAACCUGUUAGUACUCGUUGAUUAUUUCAGUCGAUUUGUAGAGGUAGUUGUUAUGCGUGAAAUUACGGCAAAAUUGACAAUUCAGGCGCUUCAUGAAACUUUUUGUCGAUAUGGUAUUCCGGAAUCAAUGAAGACUGAUAAUGGGCCGCAGUUUGUAAGCGAAGCAUUGAGUAAAUUUGGUACUGAAUUCGGCAUAGAGUUGAUUAAAACCUCUCCAUAUUGGCCACAAGCAAACGGAGAAGUAGAAAGGGCCAAUAGGGCUCUGAAGAAACGCUUACAGAUUAGUCAGGAAACACCUAAUUCCGACUGGAAGUGGGAUUUGAGGAUGUAUCUUUUGAUGUACAAUUCGACCCCUCAUUCAACUACCGGCGUUGCUCCUUCAGCGUUGAUGUUCGGGAGAGUACUCCGUGACAAGCUGCCCACAAUGCCUUCGGCAGGAAAUAUCUUGACCGAGGAAGUAAUGGAUAGAGAUCGUGAGAAAAAAGUGAGAGGAGCCGAAUAUAGCGACAACCGUCGUCAAGCUAGGCCGAGCUUGAUAAAAGUGGGAGAUACUGUGGUUGCUAAACGCAUUAACAAAGAAACCAAGCUUUCCAGCAAUUUCAGCCCUGAAGAACUGGAGGUCAUCCAACGAAACGGACCCGACGCAACUUUAAGAUGUAAGGACACCGGAAGGACAUUUCAUCGAAACGUAGCUCACUUGAAACACAUGGCAACGGAAGCAAAUCUAGCCGAUCAAAAUAUAUCGUUACCACAUACAAGGACUUCAGGAAUCAACAGUGAAUCUCAGUCAUCAUCUCCACAGUUACUUUCAAGUAAUAACCAACCAUUGGGGUCGCAACCCACAGCGGACUUGGCGGUUCCGCCGCAGCGAAGGCCUCAACGAAGUAUUCGACAACCGGGAUAUUUGAAUGACUUCCGUUUAGAUGCAGUUCAGGACAUUUAA